AUGAUGUUCACUCCCGUUGUGGCACUGGCAGUUGCUGCCCUCACACCCAUCGCCAAUGCCUACCCCAUCACCGGCGACGGCGUCAACUGCCGCUCUGGUCCAGGAACCUCCUACUCUGUAGUCAAGAGCUACAAGCAGGGAGCCGACGUUGCAAUUACCUGCCAGACGGCCGGCACCUCCGUCAACGGCAACGAAAUCUGGGACAAGACUGAGGACGGCUGCUACAUUACCGACUACUACAUCAGAACUGGCAGCAGCAGCUAUGUCACGAAGAAGUGUGACAGCGGCAGCGGAGGCGAUGACGACGGCGACAGCAGCAGUGGAAACCUGCCCGGUCUCACAUCCACCCAGUCCAAGCAUGCAAAGGACAUCAUCGGAGAAGCAAAGAAAGAAGACCUGGGUCGUCAGGGCUGUCUUGCUGGAAUUGCCACCGGUCUUGUUGAGUCUAAUAUGCUCAUGUACGCCAACAAGAAAGUCCCCGAGUCCCUCAAAUACCCCCAUGAUGCUGUCGGCUCGGACUACGACAGCGUCGGCAUCUUCCAGCAACGUGCUGUUUACUACCCCGACAUCGCUGCCGAUAUGGACGCUGCCAAGUCCGCGGCUCAGUUCUUUAAAGGCAUGAAGGCUAUUAGCGGCUGGAAGACUAUGGAGGUUGGCAAGCUUUGCCAGAAGGUGCAGCGCUCGGCCUACCCCGAUCGCUAUUCGGAGCGUGUCGCUGAGGCCAAGAAGAUUUGUGCUGCUGGUGGCCUGUAG